UUGCGGGAAACAGCGGCCCAUUCGUUUAUUUACAUUUUAAGUCUGGUUGAAGGUGUUUUCCUCGUCUGUGUUUUUUAAUCCGUGAUUAUAAAAAUUGUAUCUGUUUUUUAUAUUUUGAGUAUCUGGUUCAAAAUGCCUAUAAGAUGCAGCGUUCCGAAUUGUGUUGUUUUCGUUAAUAAAAAUUUCAGAAUUCCGGUGGUCGAUGUCCGCUCGAGUGGGCAAUAUCAAAAACUUUUGGAACUUCGUCGUUUGAAAUGGGUACAAAACUGUCAGCUACCAGCUGACCCAGCACCGCACCAUCGAGUUUGUAGUCGCCACUUCGUAUCCGGCAAACCUGCUAAUCCAAAUAGCAUCGACAAUGUCGAUUGGGUGCCAACUAUUAAUCUCCCCCCGAUGCUACGUGAAUAUUCUCUCCUGGCGAAUGGAACGAUUGUCAUAAAGAAUGAGCAGCUCCUUACAGCUGAAGUCGGUAUCGAAGAAAACGAUAAUAAGCAGGAUGUUAUUCAACAUUGCACUACCGUAUAUGGUGUGCCAUCGGCAUCAUUGAAUUACUCUGGGAGUUUUGAACCCAAAAGAAGAAGCAGUUCUGGAAGAACAAUGUUACCUUGCCGAGUGUGUGGCCAGAAUAUUCCAGACGAACCAGCAUUGGCCGAUAGCUUUACGAAUCAUGCUCGCGUUUACAUGGAGUUAAUUUCGGUUGAGCUUCAUGAUCACGAAGUUCCAGAACAGCUUAGAAUUUGUCAGGAUUGCAAGAACAAACUAUACGACUUUAAAAAGUUUCGGGAGAACUGUGUACAAGUGCACUGGGGAUUAGUAAAAGUGAAAGCGGAACCAGUAUGUGUUAAACAGGAAAGUGAUAAGGAUUCGUUUCUGUAUGAUGCUCUAGCUACCUCGAGUGUCGAUUCUAUUAGUACCGCACAGCCUUCGGACGAUUUGGCAGAAGAAAACAAUGAUGACCAAAACGAUAAGUCUUCUGAACAUUCAUUUCAGAUGAGCGCGUCAUCAAAUGAAUAUUAUUCAUAUUCGUCCUCUGAAGAAGAGCCAACAAUUUUGCCUACACGCGCAACAGAAAUGCAGACCACAAUGCAGAAUGAAAGCAUAAUAUAUAAAAGGAAAAAAAUAUUUCCAUCAAAAUUGGACUGCCUCUGUCCACGAAGAUGUGCGGACAAAUUUAAGGAGCAAGAUAUGGAGCAAUUAUUCGAGAGAUUUUGGAAAUCAAAAGAAGAGGACUAUCAAAAGCCAAUAAUUAUAGAGUAUGUCCAAUGCGUUGAGGCGGAUAGUCAUCGAAAGCGCACGGUGCAAGGGACUCGACCGAAUCGAGCUGACGUUUGUUUGUACCAUUUUCCUUCGGAAGGCAAGCUCGAAAGAGUUUGCCAUAAAUACUUUUUUGGAAUUUUACAAAUCAGCACCGGAAAGGUUAACAAGUACCUCGGCAGAAAAAGUCAAUAAGCACAUAUUAAAUAUAGAAUAUAAUGAAUAUUUUUACUUUACACGCUUUGCCAUUUUUGUUGAAGUCGGAAAAUAAACAACUAAUUCAUUUUGAAAUCUAAUACAUAUGCAAUUAUUGUACUUUGCUUUUGUAUUGAUUGAUUAUGGCUUUGUAAAAAUGAACAUCUUAAGGUGAUUUUUUUCAAGAGCACCCCAUUCAAAACGGAAGCCACGCACAACUGACAUUUUUAUUAUUUC